AUGGCCGAGGGUGACAGGAUUAGCAGCUUGCCGGAUGUCCUCCUUUCCUUCAUCUUAUCGUUUUUGUCAACCAAAGAAGCUGUUGCUACAAGCAUAUUGUCUAAAAGAUGGGAAUCCAUUUGGACUAAAGUCCCUGUGCUAAACUUUUCAUUGAAGUCUGGUUCAGCUAACGACUUCAAAGCGUAUGGAAACAUGCCCUCUCUGACUGAAGCUAGACUUCAUGUUGGACUCAACUCUAAAGAACGCUACGAUGUUGAAGUGAUUAGCGACCUUAACCAUGCUUCUAACCUCAAGACUUUUAAACUAGAUAUUGCAACGAAAAAGUCUGCUCCCGGGUAUACUGAGCGUGAUCAACGCCCUUUGUUUCCAAACUUGACCCAUGUGAUUGUGGACUACGACUUUAGUUCAACCAACUGCUCAAACUUUUCAUGGCGGUAUCUUGUGCUAUGGAUUUUGCAGUGUGCUCCUAAUAUCAGCAAAGAUGACAAAUAUUGCACCAAUAUACGUUUGGGGGACUACCUACCGCACUCAGGUCAGCUAAACCUAGAGGAAUUCAUUCCACAUCUUGCUAAUCUAGAGGAAUACCAACCACAGCUACCAGCACAUUCAACUUUACCCAAAUGUAUGUUUCCAACCCUUGAAGUCGUUAACGCCAGCUUGUUGGAUGUGGUUGAUGCUGAUAAGAUACUGCUGGAAUAUCUGUUGAACAACGCCGUAAACUUGAAGGUGGUCAAAAUCAAUUUCAAGGGAAGUAACGUUGAUGAAAAUACCAUGGAUGCAAUAAUUGGAUGGCUCAACGAAGUUCCCAGGGCCUCAUAUGAGUGUAAACUAGUAGUUUCUCCUCCUUAA